CAUUGGCAAUUAGUCAAUUACAUGGAAUACUUACUCAAAACCGCCGGAUUCAAGAAUUAGACCAACUUAAUAAACUUUAUGAAUCAACCUCCACAACCUUUUUGUUAGAUUAUUCUGAAGACAUGUCAGAUGCUUCUUCAACUAAUGAUGAAAACUGCAGUGAUUUAUUAGAUCUAGGGUCAACAAAUAUAAAUGAAUCACUAGCAAAUAAAGAGCAUCCAGUAAAAGACC